CUCAUCACUACCAACACAAUUACCUCCUCCACUACUACUACCACCAACACUAACACCAACAAGCAGAAACAGAAAAUAAAAAAGCAGAAAACAAUAAACAGAAAACAAGAAAACAGGGGACAAAAUUGCGACGCGGAGGCGACAGCAAUGGGUCGUGGCAACAAUGGCUCGCGGCGGCAGUAGCCCACGUCCUUUCCCCUACACCCCACCCCUCCUCCUCCCCCUCUCCCCUUCCCCCCACCCCGCAUCCUUUUCCCUUCCCCCUUUGUCGUCGCCGUCUCCCUCCCCCCUUUCCCCUUCUCCUUUCCCCUCCUCCUCCCCCUCCCCCAUUUUUCCUUUCCCAUUCGUCGUCGCCGUCCCCCUCCCCCCUUUCCCCUUCCCCCUCCUCCUCCCUCUCUCCCCUUCCUCCCAUCCCGCGUCCUUUCCCUUUUUCCCUUUACCGGCGCCAUCCCCCCUUCCCCCUUCUUCCUCUCCCUUUUCCCCUGCCUCCUCGUCCUUCUCCUUUUUUCUUUUCUCCUUUUCUCUCCCGUGUUUUCUUUUUUUUUUUUAAUUUUAUAAUGUUUUUAUUAAUAAAGAUAAUUUAGUAAUAAAAUAAAAAAUUUUAUUAAAAAUAACGAUUUUAAUACGAAAAAAACUUUAAAGAUAAUUUUAAAUUCAAAAUUACGAUGGACGAGUCCGAUUCUGAUUUUCAACAUAAAUUCGAUUAUGAUUCUGAGAGACCAAAAUAAUAUUUAUUCCUUUACCAAACUUAGAGAAAAAAAUACGAUUGAGAUGAUAACUUAAAUUUGUCGUGUGAUGCAGCUCUGAGUGAAUAGUGUGUAAUGAGAAAAAAAAUUGUUGUGAUAUAUUCAUGUGCAUAUCCAUACUCCCAUAUAGAAGAACGUUGAACGUUGUUCUCACUUGUCGCUAUUCUUAUCGAAGCGGCACCGCAUUUAGGUGAUGACGAUGACAAUCCAAUGGUUGAACUCCACGUGGCAUUGCUAUUCCGAGAGUUGCACACGUGUCAGCGCAGUGCAAAAUCAGCUCUCUGUUUUCUGAAUCACACACCAAGAAGGCAUAGGAAAUGUGGAAGCGCAACAAGAAGAGCUACUUAGCAAUGAGGAAGGAAUUUGAAGAUGAAGCAGCUGAAUUAAUUGGUUCAGAUCUGAGGGACCUUGGUUUUGCUGCUAAUAAACUCGCCAAAAACGCCGUUAAGCUAGCUGCUGUGUCCGGCGCCGGAGUCACUGUGCUUGAAUCCAUUGCUUCUAUCGCUGCUAUCUAUUUGCUGAUUUUGGAUCGUACAAACUGGAACACCAACAUUCUUACAUCAUUACUCAUUCCAUACAUUUUCUUCAGCUUACCUUCAUGGAUUUUCGGCUUCUUCAGGGGUGAUGUUGGGAAAUGGAUUGCUUUAAUUGCAGUUGUAUUGCGUCUUUUCUUUCCAAGGCGCUUCCCUGAAUGGCUGGAACUUCCUGCUGCUUUGAUUCUGCUCAUUGUGGUAGCUCCAGGUCUGUUUGCAAGCACCGUUAGAAACAAUGCAGUAGGGGUGAUAAUAUGCCUUGCCAUUGCAUGUUACUUGCUGCAAGAACAUAUUCGCGCUUCCGGUGGUUUCAGAAACUCCUUCACCAAACCUCACGGCAUAUCCAAUACGUUAGGCAUAAUCCUUCUGUUGGUGUAUCCUAUCUGGACGCUCGUGCUCUACAUUCUAUAGGUACAAACAGUUUGGAUGCGCAUAAAUGACGAGUGAAUUCGCGUAUUCACAUAUCGUUCACCUCUCUUGAUUCAGCAGCGUUUUAUUCCUUGAAAAAGAAUGCAAUGUUGCUACAUAGAAGGUGAAUUGACUCUGAACAUGAAGACUCAAAAUGUGACAUAGCUGCAACAUUUUCAGAUUCUGCAUCUCUCUUUCUUAUAAGUGUUCUUGUGGCGCAAUUAACAUCAUCCUUAGUUUGUAGUGUGAAGAUAAGAUUAGGGAUGUGUUUGGUUGACUAAUAAAAAUGGGAUGGACAAUUUUAUCGAUAAUUUCAUGACCCAUAAAUAAAGUUUAUUUAUAAAAAUAUGCAUCCUAUUUUUUA